UGCUGAAGAGAAGGGUGUGGGAGAGCCCUGGACAUAAAAUAUGGGGGAUGCAAGAAGGGAUGACUUCAAAAAUAAGAGCAUAGAACGCCUUAAACUGGAGCUAGAGAAAGAAAUCCAUUUGAAACGUAAAGUACAACUUUCAAUACGUGAAAUAAGACAAAAGAUAGCAGAACUGGAAACGAAAAUCAAAGCUCAACAUGAAAACAAUGAGUGGAAAGUCCGUUAUGAGACACAACUCGAAGUAAACAAACUACUAGAAAAGCAAAUUGCUGCUUUCAAAGAAAAAAUGGAAAAAAUGCGGGGAAAUCCUUCAGAUAGACUAUCUUCUAUUCGUGUCUAUGAGAGAAUGACGGCAGAAUCUUUAACUUCAAUACUUAGACAGUUAGAAAAAGAAAAAAGGAUUCUUGAAUAUCAAGUGAAAAACUGUGCACUUAAACUGGAACAAGAAUCAAAAGCCUACCACAAGGCAGAUGAUGAACGACGUAUAUGUCUAGCUGAAAUAGCUCAUCUCACAGACUCACACCACAGUUCUAAAAGGCAUCAGAUGGAUCAACUGCACAGAACGAAAGAUAAUCCACUGAGAACAGGAGCAUAUACUCCACUUCAUCAGAAGACAGCAAAUGUCAAAAAAGGUUCAGCAAAAAAGAGUACAAGAGCAAACCAUCUUCCAAAACUCAAUCCGUGAUUACAGAAUUGGGUAGAUUUCUAUUUCUUCCCUUUUAUCAUAUGGACUAUUCAUCUUGUGAAGUUAAUGUUCAACAUAUUUUUCAGGGAAUGAAAUAGGUAAGAAAGAGCUAUUAAAUCUCUUAAGCUCA